GCCACGUGACAUCAUUUAACUCCCACGGAAAUUUUCCCCACGUGUCCCCACGUGUUCUUCCACGUGGUUCCCGGUCACAGGAAAUCUCCUACUAGUGUCCAAUGUACUUUAUUCUCUUGUGGAUCGACCAUGCCACGUAGGGCCCAUACGAAAUCGCGCAAUGGCUGUGAUCAGUGCAAGAAGAGGAGAGUCAAGUGCGACGAAAAGGGCCCGCCAUGUUCAAAUUGCGUCACCAGAGAACUUCGCUGCACUUACUUGAACACUCCCGCAGCACGCAGCAUAGCCAUUUCUUCAUCUGCAAGUCCGAACUCCAUACAUCCCGGACAGGGCCAGACCUCGGAUGGAGCCGGUCAUCCCUUCGCUGGUGCAGCUGCUAACGUUCCAUUUACCUAUUCUCGCAAGCGGGAACUAGAGCUGAUACAUAAAUUCUCCACUGAUACAUAUCAGAGCUUUUGCAAUAAAGAAUCAGACCACUAUGUAUGGCAAAUUAUCAUGCCACGCAAAGCUCUGGAGCAUGACUUUCUCAUGAGUGGAAUCCUAGCAGUAGCCUCCCUGCAUAUGGCCUCGGCUUUAGAACCACCAGAAGCUUUGUCAUAUAUUGAUACGGCCCUGGAAUAUCAUAACCAGGGGCUUGCACCCUUCCGACACGCAAUUACCAAUCUAACCCCACUCAACUGUGACGCUGUAUUUGCCCAUUCCGUCAUCACCAUCAUGAUCUGCAUCGCUCUUCCCCGUUUACCAGGCUCCAGAGGUGAAAACUCUAGCCUGACCGAGAACCUCAUAUUUGUAUUCGAGUUACUAAAAGGCGUGGCCAAGAUUUUCGCGAUCACGCGGUCCUGGCUGGAAAAUAACCUAUUUGCUUCGAAGAACGGUUUCUUUGAGAAAUCUGGAACCCCGCUGGAUGCUGGAACUGAGGCUGCUUUAACCCGUCUAGCCGAUCUAAACGAUACACUCCUGUCCAGCAUCGAGCCAGACCAACAUAGCAUCAUCAAAGAUGCCAUCUCUCAUCUUCGUCGCUGCUUUGCUCGCUACAAUCAUGAACAAGAUGCAGCGUCCGUCUUGUCUUGGCUUGCUGGCGUCGAUAAGGAGUUUGUUCAUGUCGUUUGUCGUCGCCAGCCGCUUGCUUUGCUUGUUCUUAUGCAUUGGGGUGUUUUACUCGCCGAGCUUGAUGGAAAGACAUGGUGGGCUCGGAAGUCCGGCUCCGCCCUUGUUUCCGAGAUAUUGGUUGCACUGCAGGCGGGUGAUGCCCGGUGGGAGGAGGCGGUGUUAUGGCCGAAACAGAAACUGGGUCUUUAAGGGGGGCCGCCAGGUACGGGCCAAAAGCUAUUUUCUCCUUUCUUGGAAUGGGUAGCAGUGCUCACUUUGGCUGACUAUCCCAUGGCAACUGCAUUGGUGGCAAAGACACACUUCACCUGGUAGAAUCUCUUGGGUUUAUUCCUUCGCAGCUGGAUUGUAUACAGAGAGCCCCAUCCUUCUCGUCAUCAGAGGGCUUCUUGAACUAAAGCACGAGGCUGAAACUCCACCCCUAGAAUCUCGAGCCUAGCAACAUGGCAGAACAGAGAUCCACAAUGAACUAUAAACCAUGAAUUAGCUAACACUAGUCAUCAUUCAUUGAAUAUCCA